AUGGCAAAGCAGAGCUGCACCUGUUCAGCCCUGUGUGAACCAACGGAGGAGGAGGAGGAGGAGGAGGAGGAGGAGGAGGAGGAGGAGGAGGACUCGGACUCGAGGGUCCGACGCGUCGAUGGGCCUGGCCGGGCGGCUGCGCUGCUGGGCUGCUGGGCAGCCGGGGGCGAGGGGCUGUCGGGAGGCCGAGCUGCUGGGCCGCGGGGCUUCUGGGCUGUCGAGCGUUCGGGCCGCUGGGCCGUCAGGAUCAUCGGGCUGCUGUGCGACGCACAGAGACAUACGAAUGCUACAUAUAUAGGGGCACAAAAAGUGUCAUAA